GAGGCGGGGUCUGUGAUGGUAGUUAGGUUGCAGCGUGUAGUGCGGACGCCACGUUACUUGCUGUCACUUCCGGAUGAUGUCAUCACAGAUCUUUGCCCCUGUGAAGUGCCAUCAUCAUCAUCAGUGGGCGGGGCCUGGACUAGGGCUGGCAGAACCUUUCUGUGCCAUUGUCGGGGAAGGAUUUCAGUGGUGCACUUCCUGUGCGUUUGCCAGUACUGUCCCCCGUGUGGUGAGAAGGUGACUAUGCUACCUGUCAGAGGGGGGCCCCUGCUCAGAUCCACUGCAGCUCUCUGCAGCAGAAUCACAGGAAACAGUGGGCUCCGGAGCAGCGAUCACGGUUUCCGGAUAGAGGACAGGAGAUCCUACAAGUCACAGCCCACUCAUGGCAUCGGCCGCUACAGGUUCUUGUUACCUCCAGAAGUGGACCAAAAGAAAAAGGGCAAGUUACUAAAAAAGGAGAUCAAACAAGGCACAGAAUAUGAAUACGGGGUGGUAAACUUCCAAGUGUCGGGGUACAACAUGCUCUACGUAGAACACUUUACUCAGUACCUGCAUAAUUUCUUCAACCAGAUGUCUAUUAAAGUGGAGGAAAGUUACGCGAAACCAACAAAGACCAAAGAGUCUCUGCUCCUGCCGGACGUGGGGAAUAAGAUGUUUGUGGACUCUGUUCUCACCAUCCAUGAGAGGGUUGUCCAGGUUAGCGGCUUGAGCGCCACUUUGGCUCCAAUUAUCGUAGAAGUGUUCACCAUGAACCAGCCUGAAGGGGUUAACCUACUUGUUAAAGAGCACACUGAGGUGGAUUACCUGGAGAGAUUCAAGGCUCGGCCGGACCUGGAGAACCUGAGAGCGUCAAUGUUCUGAGACCGCCCUAUAAUAGAGCAACAGGGAUUUAUGGACUUUACCAUUGUCCGUGUGUGUCAGUAACUGUACCAGCCGUGUGAGCACCAGAAGCCAUGUGAUCGCAGGUUUAAAUGAUUAAUAAAUGUGUAUUUAAUAUA